CCUGUUUCUUGCUAUCAGAGAAUCAUGGCAGUUACCAUAACUCACUUCGAAAUCCAUGAUAUCCGAUUUCCGACAUCAUUGACCGGUGAUGGCACCGAUGCAAUGAAUACGGACUGUGACUACUCUGCUGCAUAUGUCUCCUUGUAUACUUCGUCAGACCUCGUUGGCCACGGCCUUACUUUCACCAUUGGACGGGGAACGGAUGUUGUAUGUUUGGCUGUCAAAGAAGUUGCUAAUAGGUUAGUCGGCAAGGAAAUCGAGUCUCUGUUCUCAAACAUGGGGAGGACCUGGGACUACCUCGUGGCGGACUCACAACUUCGAUGGAUCGGCCCAGAGAAAGGUGUUAUCCAUAUCGCGACCGGUGCAGUUAACAACGCUCUGUGGGAUCUUUACGCGAGGUCACGGAAGAAACCGCUGUGGAAACUCGUCGUCGAUAUGACUCCUGAGGAACUGGUGAACUCUGUUACCUUCCGGUAUAUCACCGAUGUGAUCACGCGCGAGGAGGCACUCGAGAUGUUGAAGGCGAAGGAAGCAACCAAAAAAGAACGUGAAGAAAGGGUUCGCGAACUUGGGUACCCCGCAUACGUCACUUCCGCCGGCUGGCUUGGCUAUUCGGACGAGAAGGUCUCUCGCCUCACGAAGGAGGCCGUAGCUGCAGGGUUCAACCAUUUCAAGAUGAAAGUGGGCGCGGAUCGCGAGUCGGACCUGCGUCGUGGUAAGAUCAUCCGCUCGAUCAUCGAUGACCCCCAGUAUCUCCCCGCUGGCCACACCCCGCGCGACCCCGAUGGUCCUGAUCUCAAGGGCAAGAACGCGGGCCCGACAGGUGCGGUGCUCAUGAUCGACGCCAACCAGGUUUGGGAUGUCAACCAGGCUAUCGACUACGUCAAGUCGCUUCAGGAAAUCAAGCCUUGGUUCAUUGAGGAACCCACUGCCCCAGAUGACAUUCUGGGGCAUGCUGCGAUCCGCAAAGCGCUGAAACCUUAUGGCAUCGGCGUUGCUACUGGCGAGCACGCACACAAUCGGAUGGUAUUCAAGCAACUGCUGCAAGCUGAAGCUAUCGACGUGACCCAGAUUGACUCCUGUCGACUCGCGGGAGUCAGCGAGGUCAUCAGCGUGCUCUUGAUGUCUGCUAAAUUCGGCAUCCCUGUAUGUCCUCAUGCCGGUGGGGUCGGCCUUUGCGAAUAUGUGAUCCAUUUGAGCUUGAUCGACUACAUCGCCGUAUCUGGAACUAUGGAGCGCAACGUUCUCGAAUUCGUCGAUCACCUGCACGAGCACUUUGUCACCCCUUGCUCGAUCAACUCUCGUGGCCGCUAUAAUGUGCCCAACGACCCGAACGAGGGCUACAGCAUUGAGAUCCGCAAGUCCAGUUUCGCCGAAUUCGAGUGGCCCAAUGGGUCGUACUGGGUCAGUCGUGGCAAGGCGCAGUAAAUGAUCUCUCUCGUCAAGGGCGCGGGUUUUGAAAGUCAAAUGCAUCACAUUUCUACUGUACUCUCAUAAACAUGUUCUAAAUAAGGCUGUAUCAUAAGCAAAGAAGCCGUUUCUCACCGUCAGCCC